AGUGGGCAAUGUAGUAAAACGAAAUAAAUAAAAACAAAUAAAAACCUAGGUCAAGUUGAGUAAAAGCGUAGUACCAUAUGGACAUUUGUAUUGAAUUUGUUCUUGAGACUGUAGCUUUAAAUAUUCCGCGGUGCAUUCUGGGUAAUGUGUGUCUGCUGUUUUGAUCGAAAAGAAGUGAUGGCCGCCUUCCUUUAAUACAUUUAUGGCACAGUUUAGCGUAUGUAAUGUGGAUUUAAUUAUUUGUUAAUCAUGUGCUGCUAUUUUAAAAAUGUUUUAAUCACAAGCGUGUGUGUUUACUGCAUCGGAUGACUCGAAUAACACGUUGAUAGGAGAAGCUAGGUUGCUAAUGACGCUAGCUUCCGUGUCCCGAAUGAUGUUAAUGUUUUUAAAACGCUGUCAUUGUGCCGCUCCUGGCAUCGGUUCAUAUGAUUAUGUGCAAUGUCUUAAGAUAUAAUAUUUUACAAUUUAGGCUAGCCUUUGUAUGCAAAGGAGUAAUCCGGGAGUAAUCGAAGGGUCGAAAAUCAUUAAAAUGAACCAGGGUGUCGAAUCGGUUGACAAUGACGACAUUGUCAUCAUCGUGGAAAACGAGGCUGAAAGUUUGCCACUCGGGGAAGAGCGGCCGAAACAACAAGGCACAUUUGGACUCAUGGACACCUGUCCUAUCUGCAAGUUGAGCUUUCACAACAGAGAGCCCAAGCUCCUUCCAUGUCUCCACUCUUUCUGCAAGAGGUGCCUUCCUGCACCGUGCAGGGGUGGCGAGGCCAGACGGGAUCACUCUCUCGGCCAGCAAGCAGACGGCAUGAACAAGCAAAUGGCCACUAUCCGUUGUCCAGUAUGCAGACAGGAAUGCUGGGAAAUGGACGUGCUGGACAAUUUCUUUGUCAAGGAUUCUGCUGAGGUGCCAAGCAGCACCAUGGAGAAAAACAGCCAGGUGUGUAUGAGUUGUGACGACAACACGGAGGCAACAGGCUACUGUUUGGAGUGUGUGGAGUUCCUGUGCGUGACUUGUAUCGAGGCGCACCAGAGGGUAAAGUUCACCAGGGACCACACCAUACGCCAAAAGGAGGAAAUGUCCCCAGAAGCGGUAGCGGUUUCCACACAGAAGCCUGUGUUUUGUGACAUCCACAAGCAGGAGCCGUUGAAGCUUUUUUGCGAGACGUGCGAUCGACUCACCUGCAGAGACUGUCAGCUGCUCAAACACAAGGAUCACAACUAUCAGUUCCUGGAGGAUGCGUACAGGAACCACAGGCAGUAUCUCGAGAACAUGACGCAGCAGCUGCAAGAAAAAAGGAAGGCCAUCGAGGAAUUCUCCAGCUGUAUCAGCAACGGACUCCAGCAAGUCGAGGAAAACAGAAAGUCGGUCACCAAUGAAAUCAAGAAGGCCAUCUGUAACCUCAUUAUGGAGAUCAACAGGAAGGGAAAGGUUCUGGCUAACCAGCUUGAGUCUCUCACUAAAGAUCACGAGCUGGGUCUAAAAAAGCAGCAGGAGGACGUCAACUCUCUGCGCCGGCACCUUGACCACGUCAUCAGUUUCACCAAGUGGGCCACGGCCAGCCAAAGCGGCACAGCACUACUCUACUGCAAGAAACUGAUUCUGUUCCAGAUCCAUUACUUGAUGGGUGCAAGGUGCAACCCUGCAGUCAUCCCUCAGAGUUCUGUCCGUUUCCAGUGUCGCUCUGGUUUCUGGGCCACAAAUGUUGACCUUGGUUCUCUUCUAGUUGACAGGAGCUCAGUACAGCCGCCCGUCCCCAACCAACAGGCCGGACCCCGAGGAGAAGCGCCGGUCGGGGGGCUGCCUCAGCAGCUAUCAGCUCAGCAACGCCAGAGCACCCUGGCCCAGCUCCAGAUGCAGGUUGACAAACUUUCCCAGCAGCCCCACAGGCAGGCCGCUCCCAACCAUUGGUCCUGGUACCAGAACUCCAGGCACCCUGGCCCCCACGGCCUUCCGCCCCAGACCAGACCUAUCCACGGAGGGUCCUCUCCAUCGCAAACGCUGACAAACUUGACACAGCUGGGACGCAGAUACGGGGGGUCGCAAGCCAACACCAGGAGCCCCAACUCCUCCAUGUUGCAUAAUGCUGGGUUCCCGCCUCCUCAGUCGCUUCGAGAAAUCGUCGGCACAUCCCGCUUCCCUUCCAAACCCAUGGAUGUAUCACAGGGCGCCUUCCGCUUCCCACAUCCUGUGCCCGCUGGAGGGGCGGCUCAGGUGCCGCCAAGCCAGCGGAACUUGGCAGAGCUGUCCUACCUGAAACGGAGUGAAGGCAUCUGUCCUGUCCCCUCCGCUACCAUGGCCCUCACGAGACCCAGCUUUGCUUCAAGCCAAGCCUUCAAAACCGCCGACAAAUUAGUUCAAGGAAGGCAGAACUCGCCAGUGGUUAAACCAUCGUCUUCAGAGCACACCAAAGGUGAUGCAAGGACGGCGUCGUGGAAGCUGAAUACCGAGACGACGGCCGCUCCCUCAGCCAAGCGGCGAAGAAGGUCAUCCCCCGGGCCCAUUAUCGUCAUCAAGGACGAACCAGAAGACGAGGAUGAAGUUCAUUUUGUUCAAUCCAGCCUUCCCGACAGCAGCACGGGAGCCCGUCCACACCCACAACAGCUUAAAACCUGUCCCCCUCUCCAAGCCUCACAAUCGGACUCCAGCCUGGCAAAACAACAGCAGGCUUCAGCGCAGCCCGAGUCUGAGAAGGGCUCUCAGCCUGAGGAUGAUCCAAACGAGGACUGGUGUGCUGUGUGCCAAAACGGGGGAGAGCUGCUCUGCUGCGACAAGUGUCCCAAAGUCUUCCAUCUGGCCUGUCACAUUCCCGCGUUAAAUGAGUCUCCUAGUGGCGAAUGGUUCUGUUCCUUCUGCCGAGACCUCGUCAGCCCUGAGAUGGCGUACGACUGCGAUAAGAAGGACACACAUGUGUCAGAUAGACUGCCACCCGUUGAUCAAAGGAAAUGUGAGCGGUUGCUUCUACUUCUCUUCUGCAAUGACAUCAGCACCGACUUUCAGCACGCAUCGGAGUCAAAAAAGUACAAAGAACUCAUCAAAACCCCGAUGGAUUUAUCGACGAUUAAAAAGAAGCUCGGGACAUCUGAGGUGGAGCCUUACCUCACUCCCGAGGGAUUUGUAUCAGACAUCAGGCUCAUAUUUGUUAACUGUGCCAAGUACUAUAAGGCGACCUCAGAUGUGGGCAGUGGCGGUUUAUAUUUGGAAGACUACUUCGAGGAGCAGCUGAGGGUUGUGUACCCGGAUAAGACUUUCCCCGGCGGAAAAGAGGACAUGAUUCCACCACUGGAGGAUGAGUUCGACGAGGAAGAGGAACAGGAACAGGAGCCGAUGCAGGAAAGUGCGCCCCCGCCGGAGGACGUUAAAGCUGCCAGUCCGGCUGAGAAUACCACCCCCACCGAGGAGGAGAAAACAGCUCCUACUGAAGAAGCAGAAGAGGAGACAUUAGAAACUAAGGAGCAGGCGACCGAUAUGAGCGAAUUAAGGACAGACAUGAAUUUGGCGGCCAUGGAGGUACACGAUAAACCCGCGGAAGACGUCAAGCAGGAGGAGGAAAUGCCUCCUGAAGAUGCUGAAAGCCCCCCAAAAGAGGAAAGCAGCCCCCUUCCUGGUGACAAGAUUGAAGAAUCAGUUGAACACCAGGAGAGCACACAGGAAAACGUCCCCGAAGAAACAGGAGAGACGGAUUGCAAUAUAGAAAAAGAUGUAGAAAAUGACGGCUGAUGUUGUCUUCCACUUUUGCAAUAGGAAACUAGAGCACUAGUCUUGUGAACAGACAUUGUGUAACACUGAUCCUUGCUGGAGAUGCACAUUGGAGCAAUUGAGAUUUUUACAGGAUGGACAUGUUUAAUAUUUUACUGUACCGGAUGACACAAUACACUAAAACGUUAAACAGUACACAGUCAUCCCUCACUUAAUCGUGGUUCGAUUAUUCCCUUACUUCAUCACAGGUUUUUCCAAAAUGAAUUAACUGAAUAUUCUGCUUACCAGGUGGCAGUCAUGACACAAAACAUUGCCACAUUACCUUACAUUACAGUACCUUAAUGCUGCAUUUUUUCACCUCUUUCAUUCAGUGUGGAAGUGGUACGUUUUUAGUUUCUUUAUUUUAGAAGAAAUAAAUUAAUUUUUAGAAUAAAUACAGUAGUUUCUGGACUUUCAGUCGCUCCGGAGUAUAAGUCGCACAAGGCAAAAAAUGCAUAAUUGGGUAGAAAAAACAUACAUAAGUCACACUGGUGUAUAAGUCGCAUUUUUUGCAGGUAAUUUAUUUUACAAACUACUUGACAUUACGUCCUAUUGGAAGGCAAAUUCUAACUAUAAAAGAAUAGAGAACAGGCUGAAUAGGUGUAAGAUAUGCUAACACAAUGGUUACUCAGCUACACAAAAAAUAAACAUGAACAGAAAAGGUGUCCAGUGUUUAUGUAACAUAAACACUUUUUUUUUUUAUUUAUAAGUCACUCUGGAGUAUAAGUCGCAGGAACAGCCAACCUAUGAAAAAAGUGUGACUUACAGUCCGGAAAAUACAGUAAAUAUGAGACUGGUUAGCUUGCAAGAUAGUCUCAAAUCCCCGCAGCUUACGAGGUUAGCAAUGUGUUGUAAACAAGCAGUGUAAACAUUACUCUCGAGGUGUUAUUUCUUGUCCACAGAGCCAUAUUUCAGAUUAUCGCUGCUCCAACUAUGAAAAUAUUAAAUUUAAGAGCAUUGGAUAUAAUUUUGCGGGUUAAUCAUUUAUCGCGGUCGGGUCUGGAACCCAUCAACCGUUAUAAAUAUAAACGAGGGACAACUGUACUACAGCCAUUGAGAACAUACUGUAUUUCCAUAAACAGUAUAUUUCUUAAUCAUGCAUGAUCAUUUCUCAUCUUUUUUUAAGCACAUUUGUUUCACUGCAAUAGAACUCUUGUAUGCUGUGAGCCGUUGUAUGCAUUCUUUUUGUACAGAUGCAUUACCCCCCUUUUUGAGAAAAAAAAAGAUCUUAUCCUCU